UUGGGCGUCAACCAACCAAAGCCGGACCUAUAAAACUUUAAAGCUCGCUCAAACCUUUUAUUCUGCGAAGAUAAAAGCUGCUCAGUGUGAACUCUUUGACCGAAGCUCGAGGGACCCUACUGCGGAUUGAUGGGACAGCAAGCCAAAGACGUGGACGUUGAAGCGCUUCAGGAAAGAAGCCCUCAGCGUGGAAGGUGCCUGGACAAUUUUUUAGUCAUGUCCAUCAGCUUUCUCUUUGUGGCAACCACAGCUCUUGCGGUCGGGGGAGCGAUGGUUGUGAUGGAACUGCGGGCGGACAUGAAGUCCUUGGGUUCGCUCCCAUCAGUUGAGACGCCUCAGAAGCUGACGGGAGACGCAUCUUCCCCAGUAUAUAAGAUGGAGAAAUUUGUCUAUUUACGAGCCGCCGACUCAAGUAUGUUAAGCAACUCCACCAUGCAAUGGGAUUCUAUCUCAUAUGGUACAGGGACAUCUGUAGGAAGCAACUUUGUCUUCGACUCAAAGCAGCAUUCACUGAAGCCAGUACAGGAUGGAACCUACUUCAUGUACGUCGAGCUAAAUUUCAACUGCAUCUCCAUAUGCAACGCAGGUGUUCUCACGGUGAAAGUAGGUGAUGAACUCACCUGCAAAGUGGAGCUUCCAGCAGGUAUAUUACCUGUGAGCAGGAAAUGCUGGACUGUUACUCGACUCCAUAACCAGGGACUGGUCGCUCAGAAGACAGUACAGAAAGGCCUCGAAAAUUGGCAACUGGACCUGAAAAGCUCAGGAUUUGGAAUUUUCCUCAUAGACCCAUAGAUGCACAUGUUGCAGUGCUACUGCUGUUAUCUUGAAGUAAAUGGACCCGAGACACGUGGGUAACGAACAAGAACAGAAGUCUGUUUUUUCAUAAACCCACAUAGUUGAAAACGGGCAGGCUUGGGUGCCAUUUUUCACAGCUAUGACGAGCUUCCUCGCAAAGGUUUGAGGAGAAAGAACCUUAUGAGACUCUCAAGAAAAGCUGCAUUUGUGAUAAUGCAAAGAGAAUAUGGAGAGACUAGAAACUUGCCUCAUUCUAUGUAAUUAUGUAAAAAUGUUUCUCUG